AUGGCUGACGAAGGCUCUAUGGAUAUUCGACUGGUGCUGAAGGGCCCCAACGGCGAGUUCAAAGUAGACCGCGACCUUUAUAUCAUCGUCCAUUGUGACGAUGGCAAGUACAUCGAGGUGUCAAAAAACUACACCAAACAGUGCCCGUUCAUUGAGGAAGUCGAGGGCGAGAUCCCAGAGUUCGGCUACCCAGCCGCAGUCCUGGAGCAUCUUAUUCGCUGGGCGGUCCACUACGGUGUAGAUGGCCAUGCUGCUAGCCAGCUGACCCGCCCAUGCAUUUACCGUGAUUUCUCUUACGUUGUGACAGACAAGUGGGAUAAUGACUUCUUCAACCAGCGUCUUUGCUCGCCUCUGAACCAGAAGCAUUACCUCCUGACAAUGACGGCAGCUGAGCAGUUUGGCAUGCAGGGACUGCUCGACUUUAUGUGUAUCGGGCUCGGCUGCAAACUCCGCGGCAAGGACGACAACGGCAUCAUCCACGAGGUCAUGGGCCUCGACAAGGAGACGGAGAUUACGAGCGAGGAUUUGGCGGAGGUGUCGAAGGAUUACCCGUGGUUUGAUGAUGCUGUGAAAGCCACGACGAAGAAGUGA